CUUUACAGUCAGGUGCUUCUGUGUUUAUCGGCUCUUUUAUAAUAAAAUUUUCGUAAUCUAUUGCAUUUCACAAAAUACAACAAAAUAUGGCUCUGUUUAGAAUAUGUGGACCGAAAUUAUCUGUUUGUUGUUCAGUUUUAAGCAUCUGGGGGAUUAUAAUGUUGGUGCUUAUGGGAAUAUUUCUGUAUUGUAAAAGUGUAGCUUUUGUUGAAGAUUUGGCUAUUGAUGAAAGAAACCAUACUACACGUAAUGAGUUACUACUAAAUGCUGAUAACCUUUAUAAACAAGCUGCAUAUAAUUGUUGGGUAGCUGCCUGUCUAUAUAUAAUUUCUUUGGCUGUAUCUGUACAUCAAUACUUCAUGAAUCGUCAAGCAAGUUAUUCCAUUUAAAAAUCAUCUGGUCAAUUCAAUUUAAUUUAUCAUUCCAAGAAUUUUAUGAAUAUAAUUUAGUCUAUAUUGUUAAUUGUUCAUUUAUAUUCAAAUUCUGUGAAUAAAUGAUACCAAAUAAGAGAUUAAACUGUUUAAAAGAGCCAUAAACAGAAAAAUCAAAAGAUUUUUCAAAAAUACAAGUUAUAUUUAUUAUUAAUUAAAGAUAUGUUGUUUAGUUACUCAUGUUAUAUGUUUUCAUUGAAUUUGUUAUCAUGACAUAAAUAUAAACUGUAUAUUUCUAAAUAUUAGCUUUAGAAUAUAAAUUUUAAGCAUUCCUAACCUCUAUAAUAAUUAUAUUAUUAUAAUAAAUUAGUAUGAGAUUUUUGUAUGGAAUUCAUUGAUUUAAAUAUCCAGAUAAUUUUGAAAUAAUGUAGGAAAUUCAUUUCCUAUUUUAAACUCCUAGGAAAGAAAAACAAUUACUAAAUCAUUCAUAAGCAGACAUUAAUAGAUGGAUAUUAAAUUGUGUGUAAUAUAUGUAUAAAUAUUAGUGUGAAACAUUUAUAUUGGGUUUCAGAAAGAUGUUAUAUGAAUAAUAAACAGAGUUGAAAUUUG